AUGCCCACCGAAGAAAAGCUCAUCCGGAUCACUGCCCUCCUGUUUCGCAAGGAGGGGACCACCCCCGAGGAAUUCUACCAUCACUGGUAUGAAGUUCAUGGACCCAAGAUGUUGGAUCUCUCUCUCCGUUAUGGGGUAGUAGAGUACCGUCAGUACCAUACCACGCCGGAGGCAAAAGCAACAUUAGACGUUGUAGCGAAGGCCUUUGGAAAAGACUGUCUUCCGUGCGAUGGAAUGGCAGAAACUCUAGUCAGAGACCUGGGAACUUAUCUCCGGAUGCAAGCAGAUUCAGAGUAUUUAGAGAAGAUAGUUCCGGAUGAGGCUGCGUUUAUGGAUAAAUCGAAGCUAGAAUUCACAAUUGGCUAUGAAUAUGCGGUUAUAGAGAACGGGAAGGCAGUGGUGAAGGUUGCGAAAGAUUGA